AUGUCCCAUGUUGGCUUUGAGCGAGGUGCAAGAAACCUCGAUUCCCGCCUAACAGAGCGCGCCUGUGACUGCGCCAACCUCAACGGGAUCCCCAAGCGCGGUUCCCGUGCCAUGCGCCUCGAGGGCACUGGGACUGCGCUUGUUNUGAGUGACAAGCGAGUCUUGAACUUCGAUAAUAAGCCGCCGCUGCGCAGAUCCGUUAGGAGCGGUAAGACUUGCGCUCGGUCCGUCGUUUUGCACCCGUGUCGCUCCGACCUCGAAUCGAGCGACUUCACCCACAGACAACAAGAUGGACACGGAGCCCUCCCCGCGACAAUACCCGUCUCCUCUAACAUCAAAGGAUUUCAGCGUAGAAUCUGCCCCUUCGAGGAGCAUGAUAAAAUGACGGUCCAUGUUUCGUGCUUGAUGGGGGGGAAUCCCAAAUGUCUGAUACUCCAAGCUUCGACCGAUGAUACUCGAAAUGUUUGGCUCACUGAAGAUGCAAUCCCCUCGAUUGAGGGGUGGUCGAAGAGGAGCGUGGCUGGCAGCUCGGCGCUGAACUCGUCACCCAGUGCUCGCUGGAGCUCCGUGGCACCCAGAGAGUCGAUACCCGCUGCCAUUAACGGGGCAUCGCCGGCGACCUCAGUCCCAAGCACCUCUGCGACGCAAGAGACCACGGUUGCUUGCACUUGCUCGGCGCUGAACUCGUCACUCAGUGCUCGCUGGAGCUCCGUGGCACCCAGAGAGUCGAUACCCGCUGCCAUCAACGGGGCAUCGCCGGCGACCUCAGUCCCAAGCACCUCUGCAACACAGGCGGUGACCUGUGGCAGCGCAUCAAAUAUGGCCUUCCUCAAUGCAAGUAGAGAAAUUGGAAGAGGAUGCGAAUUCGGGAGCUACGAUACUAUUCGAGUCUUGGAUGAGCCACGUAGUGAUGGCUCCGGGCUCUUUGUCGAGUCAGCAAAAAGUACAGCCUCCAAGGCGCCGUGGGCAACGUCUCGCACGCACUCCCUCGCCACGCAAUUCUAUCAGGCUAUGCUGUACCACGAGCAUUCAAAUUUCCCUUGCGAUACCGCUGUGAACUUGCAUUGUCGCCAGCGUACCUUGCUCGUGUUCCUCGUGCCGUCCUCCGGUGCAGAAAUGGGCACCGACACCCUGGAAUUGAUUGGCAUUGACAUGCUUGCAACGAGCUAG